CAACACAUCAACGCCCACGCCCACGCCCGCCCACGCUUCUUUCUUGUUGGAAAUCUGCUCGUUUGCUCUGCUUGCAUGCUGAACUGAACAAAAUGGCCGAGGACGGGCGGGCCGGGCUCAUGGACCUGGAGAAAGAAUUGACUUGUUCUAUCUGCACCGACCUCCUCUACCAACCGCUCACACUCCUCGACUGCCUACACACCUUCUGCGGCGCCUGUCUGAAAGAAUGGUUCCAGUUCCAGGCGUCCACCGCCACGUCCAUACACCCAUACACCUGCCCGUCAUGUCGCGCGUCGGUGCGCACGACGCAGCCCAAUGCGACCGUCACGACGCUGUUGGACAUGUUCGUGAAGGCGAAUCCGGAGCGGGGGAAGAGCGACAGCGAAAAGAGCUCGGAUAGGGAGAAGUACAAGCCUGGGGACAAUAUCAUGCCGAAGCUGAGGAGGAGAGAUGGACAGGAUGAGGAGGAGGAUCGGAGGAUGUUGGAGGAGGUGCAGCAGUUGAGUCUGAGGGAGAUGGGGAUUCCGAGCGCGAGUGCGAACACGAAUGCGAAUGCGACUCUGGAACCACCACGAGAGCGAAGGAGGAGGGAGAGGAGUAGAGAUGCGAGUCGUGAGUCGAGGGACAGCAGAAGGACGGAGGGGAGGUCAAGGAGUAGGAAUCCACCUGAAGAGAGGCGAUCCAGAGAAAUUAUCCCGCCGAGGCAUGUGGAACAUCAGUCGAGUUUGAGGUCUUUGCUCAGUUCGUCGGAGCUUGACUCGCAAGAGAUGGAAGAGGAGAUCAUGCGGCAAAUCAUGGAGGAGGGACUGCUGGACGGAAUUGAUCUCAACAAUAUCGAUGUCGCGCAAGAGGACGAGAUCAGUGAAAGGAUCGCGCAAGCUUACAGGAGACGGCAAUCAGAACGGCAGCGGGAGCGGAGGGAGAGGAGGGAACGGCUUGCAAGAGAAGGUCGCGCGGAAGCUCCAGUGUCGGGCUCGUCCACGCCGCAAGAUGUUCGCAGUCCGCCGAUACGCAGCGACGAAGAGCAGGCCCGCAGGAGACAUGCCCGGUCUGAAAGUAUGACCGCCACGCCCCAUAGCCAGAGCUCCUCACGUGCGCCUCCGCCAGUGUCUCGACCGGGACUGAUCGAAGCUGCAAACCAGGGCACUACGCGCCAGCAUCAUCGGCGAUCUUCGAGCCAGGGCAGUUCGAGAUCAGCAAGGAGAUCCGAACGUCCUGCGCCUUUGUCUGUGACAUCCACCAGACAAGGUUCGCACUCUACCAACGACCUGGGAGAAAGACCCGCGACGGCUGGAAUAGGCUCGGCACCGCGGCGGCUGUCUGAAAACCAACAACGAGGUUCUCUUGAGGAACGCCAGCAGUUUCGAAGUGGUUUGCGAGCGCAUUCAUCAUCGAAUCCCAAUUCGCCGAGAAGGGCAAUGUUCAAUGGACCCACCGCCGAGAGUCCUUCCAGUACGACGGCGAUCGUGGCCUCUCCUCUGUCAUCCCCUCCCGAAUCAGCAAAUCCUAUCGGCCUACAUCCGCCAAACACACGACGAACCACAGAUCCUACCAGCAUAAGACAGCCUCGCCCGGCCAAUGAUGGUACCCCUCCCAUGCUAUCUCCAGCUACAUUUCCACGCUCAGUGAACGACUCGUCAGCAGUCGGACUACCCACGAGCUCCUCAGCAGCAGCACCUACACCACCGCCACCAACGUUGUACGCCGAGCCUAACAUAUCCUGCAAGCGGUGCAACAAACAGCACAUUGAGUAUGAGCUACAUUACCAUUGCUCGUCGUGUAACAAUGGCGACUACGACAUAUGCAUCACAUGCUACCGGGCAUCCCGGGGCUGUGAGCACUGGUAUGGCUUCGGCUGGGCAGCGUGGCCUCGUUAUGAGCGAAAGGCUCCUGCCGGGGGAUAUCCUCCAAACCACGAACAUCCUCAUAUUCUUGUAGGCCGACGAUACCGCAGGCCACAGACGCCUAUGACGGAAUCGCCAACACCUCCACACACGCUCAUGACCGAGGACGACCCGGCAUAUCGACUGGAAUCGGGGGUUUUCUGCGACCUCUGCAAAGCGUAUGCGAACGGCUGCUAUUGGAAGUGUGAAGUGUGUAAUGAAGGCGACUGGGGUUUCUGCAAUGACUGCGUGAACCAAGGACGGCAUUGCACGCACCCUCUACUACCCGUCGCUCACCAACCCAAGCAAUCCACGCUGGGAGGACCUACAUCGGACGCAAGCUCGCCCCAUCCUGAACCCACUUCUCAAGCCGCUCCCAUUUCCCCAGGUCUAUCUCCACCAGCACACGAAGCAACCACUCCCCCACGCACACCCCGAACUGCCGCCCCUAUCCGUGGCCCAGGCCUCGUCACCAUCGCAAACUCCAUCUUCCGCCCCCUCACAUUCACGACCGUCUGCAACAUCUGCACGUACCCAAUCCCACCGUCAUGCACCCGCUAUCACUGUCUGAAAUGCAACAAGGGCGACUACGACAUCUGCACCGGGUGCUACCAAAAGCUCAUCGUCUCCUCGCGCAUCAGCAAAGAAGACGGCAUGAACGGAUGGCGCCGCUGCCUCCGCGGCCACCGAAUGGUCCUCGUAGGCUUCGAAGACCGCUCGGGCGGCCAGCGCCGCGUCGUCGUCCGCAACCUCGUCGGCGGCUGGGCCCUCCGCGAGGACUCCACAUUACCAGAACCACGCUCCCCACAAACCGAGAAUGCACCACCCCCCAAAUCAUCAUCAUCGUCGACAACGCCUCCCCCAACCUCAUCCUCCCAGCAGCAAUCGCAGAAACCCCGCCUCCCCCCCGACGGCGGCGUCGGCCUCAUCGUCCAGGCAAAUUGGUCGUACUUCCCCGCGGGCGACAACGUCGCAGACGAGCUGGCGUUCCCGCGCUUCGCGGAGAUACGCGAGGCCGAGGACAUCAACGGCGAUUGGUUCUGGGGAGUGUACGCGGGCGCCAAGGGCUUGUUUCCUGGGAACUAUGGAAGGGUUUUGGGGAGUGUGUGAUUGGGAGACGGAGAAGGGCUGGGAUGGAUGGAUAGAUUGGGGUAGAUAAUGACGAUACGAUAGGAUAAUUUUGACAUAAC